AAUCAUGUGUUGGUUUGAUCCGUUUUUUGAAAAGGCAAAUCCCUAUUAAUACAUAUUUUAGAAGGAGAAACCUCUUGGAUUGCAGUACAGGCAUCACCUUAGACCUUUGGUACAGAACGGAUGUUCAAACACACACAAGCUGGGGAGCUCCCAUCAUGUGGGAAGGCAUAUUCCAGGCUGAUCUGUACGACCAGACUCACAGGACAAAUCGAUCGUCUGUGGCGCUCACUGUGUUCGCCCAGGGCAGGUACCUGGACGCCUACCUCGGGGCCUUCCUGAACUCCUCCGAGCGUCACUUCAUGGUGGGUCUCCCGGUGAGGUACUACAUAUUCACAGACCUGCCCGAGAAGGUGCCUGACCUCCAGCUGGGCCCUCAGCGAAGCCUGGAGAUCAUCAGAGUGGAGGGCCACUCCCGUUGGCAGGACAUCUCCAUGGCCCGCAUGAAGACUAUCGCGGACACCAUUGAGUCUGUCAUCCGUCACAGCAGCACCCACGUCUUCUGCAUGGACGUGGACCAGGUGUUCACGGCCAGGUUCGGCUCGGAGGCUCUGGGCGACCUGGUGGCCCUGCUCCACGCCUGGUACUACAAUCUCCCCAAGGUGCUGUACACGUACGACCACAACCCGCAGUCCAGCGCCUUCAUGGUGACGGGGGACUUCUACUACCACGCGGCCGUGUUCGGAGGCUCCUGCGCCAGCGUGAAGGCCCUGGCCGAGGUCUGCUAUCAGGGGAUCCUGCGGGACAAGGAGAACGGCGUGGAGGCACUGUGGCACGACGAGAGCCACCUCAACAAAUACUUUUGGCUGCACAGACCCAGCAAGGUGCUCUCCCCAGAGUACUGCUGGGACCCAGUCAUUGGCCAGAAGAGCGACAUACGUGUGGCCAGGCUACUCUGGGCGCCAAAGAAUUACAAAGAACUGCGCCCCAAUGUCUAAAUGGGAGACAGGGAGUGUUUUAUUUGUUGUGAUGUCAUUGGGAAGCAUUUUAAGCUUCAUUUUUCAUUUUUUAAGAAAUGGACAAAUGUUAUGGCGUAUAGCUGUUUCUUCGAACAGUCGAUAGAGGGCUAAAGCCCCAUUUUCUUGGCGUGUUUGCAAAUGCAAAUAAUGCAAAUAGAAAAGUUGCUUUGCUUUUGCUAUGAACACAGCUGUGUGAGUGUAUGUGGAUGAUGGCUGGUUUAAGAAAAACAAAACAAAGCCGAUGUGUGCAUAUAAAUACAAAAGAUGACACAAACAAGAGGUGACUAUAAACAAUCCUAUCAUUCCACAUUUCUUUGAAAAAAUUUAACGGCCAGAUAUUUCCUGCUUCUUCGUGCU